UCACGACGCUUUAACGCUCCGUCCAGCUCUAAUACUGAAAAACCAAACCAAACCCGCUGCCAUUGAGUCGAUUCCGACGUUUCCACAGAAAGUGCUCGGCUCGCCUUGUCGGUCUGGGUUCGCAUAUUAAGCCGGCCUGCCCGCGCUGGGCGUGACAUAUAGAAAUCUAGAUUCACGAAGGGGCAAAGGUCAUCAAAGCUGUGAAAAACUACGGGGCAAGAGGGGACCAAGGACAUCGGCGCCCUGAGGAGCAACCAGAACGCAAUCACGCUCCACCUGCACAGAACCGUAGACCAGCCCCUACUAGGCGUGAGCAGGACCGGAAGUUACCCUAGCAGGUACCAGAAGAAACAGGAAGUCCCGCCCCCUCCUUCAAAAGUAACGGCAUCCGCUUGAUCCCACUAGGAAUGGCAGCCCCUUCUAUGAAAGAAAGGCAGGCUUGCUGGGGAGCCCGCGAUGAGUACUGGAAGUGUUUAGAUGAGCACACCGAGGAUGCUUCUCAGUGCAAGAAGUUAAGAAGUUCAUUUGAAUCAAGUUGUCCCCAACAGUGGAUAAAAUAUUUUGAUAAAAGAAGAGACUACUUAAAGUUCAAAGAAAAAUUUGAAGCAGGAGAAUUCCAGCCUUCAAAAACAACUGAAAACUCCUAGAUUGUUCCUGAACUUUUCACAAGGGUUGAAACUGUUCUUUCUGGACAUUUGAAAAUGCUCCAUUGACCUUGGGGCUAUAGUGAAUAUCAAUACUAUUUGAAUCAUGGUAAAUAUCAAUAUUUGUUUCCUAUAUGCAACUCUUAAUAAUUAAAAUGAUCAAAAUAACAGAGAAUUCCAUCAUUUGGAGUAUGAAGAAUUGUGAUAAAGUGGUAUAAAAUAUAUGCUUAGUUUUAAUUAAGAAACCUAUAUUCUAAGAAAUAUUGAAGCCUACCAUAAAAACACAGUAUUUAUUUUGUUGUUGGAGGAUGGGUAGUAGGCAAAUAUAGAUAGAUGCUUAGACUGGGUUCUCUAGAGAAGCAAAACCACCAAACCAUAUAAAUAUAUAUAUUCAUAUCAAGGAAAUGGCUCACGUGGUUGUACAGGCUGGCAAGUCCCAAGUCCGUGGGUCAGGCUGGAGGCUUCUCCUGACUCAUGUAGCUGCAGGGGCUGACAAACCCAAGAUCAGCAGGUAGAUAGCAGGCCUCUGGUUCACAGGCUGCAGAGGGUGACGAAUCCCAACAUCGGCAGGUAAGCUGCCACUUCAGGUCCCAAGAACUGGAGGUCAGAUGAACAAGAGCCAGCUGGAAGAUCCAGAGCGAGCAAAAGCCAGCAAGCUUUGCCAGAAAGUCCACCUAUAUUGGAUGCAGGCCACACCUCCAAGGAAACUCCCUUUCAACUGACUGGCUGCUGACAACAAUCUCAUCAUGGAGGUGAUGACAUCAUUACAAAAAAUAGCUGCCAAACUGCUGAGAAUCAUGGCCCAGCCAAAUUGAUACACAACCUUAACCAUCACAGAUGCCAGAAAGAGUAUGUUGUCAUUGUGUGUUCCUGGGAGUUAAGAUUUUAAUACAGUGACUGAAAAAUAAGGAUUAGAAGAAACUUGAAUUUAAAAUAUACAAGUAACGUAAUACCCAAUCCAAACCCGUUGCCAUCAAGUCAGUUCCAACUCAUAGCGACCCUAUAGGACAGAGUAGAACUGCCCCCAUAGGACUUCCAAGGAGUGGCUGGUGGAUUCAAACUGCUGACCUGACCUUUUGGUUAGUGGCUACUCUUAACCAAAGAUAUCUUUAGAAAAAAAAAAAGUAUAGCUAAUAUCCUCAAUGUUGAGAAAAUGAAUGGUUUCUCCCUAAAAUGAAUAAGAAGGUAAAGAUGUGCUCUCAACUCCUAUUCAACAAUGAACUUGGAGCCCUAGCCAGUGCAAGAAUGCAAAGAAAUAAAAAGCAUAUAAAUGGGAAAGGAAUAAAACUGGCUCUAUUUGCAGACAAUAUUGUUAUCUUUGUAGAAAAUCCCAAAAUAUUGACAAAAAUACUCUCAGAACCAAUGAGUUUUAGAAAGGUUGCAGGAUGCAAGGGCAAGAUACAAAAGAUAAUCAUAUUCUCAUAUACUAGCAAUAAGCAACUGGAAUUUGAACUUUAACACCAAAGAAAAAAGGAAUACGUAGAUAUAAAUCUAACAAAAUAUGUGUGGAAUCCAUAAGUUGAGAAUAUAAAACAUUUGAAAUCAGAGAAGAUAUAAAUGGAGUUAUUGUGUUCACAGAAUACAAGCUCAAUGCUGUUAAUAUUAUUAAAAUCCCCCCAAUUUGAUAGAUUCAGUGCAAUCCCAAUCAAAAUCCUAGCAAGCUUUUUUGUAGAUACUUACAAGCUGAUUCUAAAAUUUAUGUGGAAGGGCAAAGGAACUAAAAUAAUCAAUUCUAUAAAGAACAAAGUUGGAGGAUUCAAAUUGUAUCAUUUGAAGACUUAUAAAGCUUCAGCAAUCAAGACAGUAUGGCAUUGGCAAAGACUAGUCACAUAGUUCAGUGGAAUGGAACAGAGCAUCUAGAAGUAGACACAGUCAACUGAGUUUGGACAAAGGUACAGAGGCAUUUCGAUGGAGAGAGGAUAAUCUUUUCAGCAAAUGGUGCUGGAAAUUUUUGGAUGCUCAUACAUACAAACCUUGACAUAUACCUCAUACUUUACACAAAAAUUAUAAAAUUAAACCAUAUACCCAACAAUCCCACUCCUAGGUGUUUCACCAAAUGAACUGAAAACUUACAUUCAUACAAUAACCUGUAAAUGAGUGUUUAUAGCAGCUUUAUUCAUAAUAGUCAAAACUGGAAACAACCCAGAUGCCCUUCAACAAAACAAUGAAUAAACUGGUGUAUCCACAAUGAAAUACCACCCAGCAAUAAAAACAAACCAACUUCUGAUUCACGCAACACAGAUGAUUCUUAAAUGCAUUUUGCUACAUGAAAGAAGCCAGGACUAAAAGGGUACGUAUUAGAUGCUUUCAUUCAUAUGAUCCUGGAAAAAACAAAAGUACAGCAUAGAAGAGAUCAGUGGUUGACAGCAGUUGAGGAUGAGGAAAGGGAUUGACUACAAAGCGGCUACCUGAAGGAAAUUUUCAGCUUGAUGAAACUUCUCUGUAUACCACUAUGUAUCGGUGUAUCCAUGAGUAUAUAUUUGUCAAAGCCCACAGAAUUGUACCCUAUAAAGUGUGACUUUUAUUGUAUGCAUAUUAAAAAAAAUAAUAAAACCAAGAUACUGGAAGAUUCCAGUAUGGGAUGUAGAUUGUGAAAAACGAAUCUUAACUAUAUUAUAAAUAUAUGGCAUAACCUCACUGAAAGGGGUGGGUAAGAAAGGGCUGACCUAAAUAACUUGAGAAAACAAUGUGUGACUGGAUCCUAAAAAGCUGAAGGCAAAAAGAACUGUACACAAGUUGGUAAAUUUCUUUCUCACAGGGAUAUGUUUUAGCAAUUCUGGCUCCAUGUAUUCUAGUGUUGUACGAAUCAGCAAAUUUAGUGAAUAAGAACCAGGUUUCUCACUAUCAGAAAAAGCAGCCACAAAUAUGUAAAAGAUGCAUGUUAGAAUGAACCCCCUGGUGCUGGAUUAAUGUCAGAGAAAUCAGUAAAAACUCAUGUUUAUUAGAUAUGUUUAUAUAUCUAUAGGGUUGCUGUGAGUUGGAAUCAACUCGAUGGCAAUGGGUUUUUUGAUCUGGAUACAUUGGUAAAUAUAUAGGUAUGUGUGUAUACAAAGACUAGUAUACAUAGAAAUAUUUCACAGCCCUGUCCACUGAGAGGGCAAAAAGCAGUGACAUUCUAGUAGCAAUGAGCUCAUCUAGCACCCAGAUCUGGGUUUCUAAAUACCAUUCUCCAAUAAAACUAACCAGUUUCCUUGGAGAAAUGCCUGAUUCUAGGACUGGAGUAGGGAAAAUCAAAGAUAAGCCUUGAGCAUCUUGUACAGCUAGAAAGUAAAGAAGGGCUUAAAGGAAAAAAAAAAAAAAAGAA